AUGGUAGGCAAAGUUAGUGAGAGGGUUCUCCUGCGGGAGGGCCUGGAGAGAACCGACAAUGGUAUGAAGCAAACCAGCUGGCCGGAUGUCACACCAAUCAACCAGAAGAACUACUAUACGGAUUACAUGAAGCGCGAUGACCAGAUUCUCGCUUUACGACUCCAAGGCGACGCCACCCGCGACCGAAUCGUUCAAGCUGCUAAGGACAGAGAUCGUGCUCUAGCACAGAGUGGCCGCGCUGAAGUACCUCUCGUUAUUCCCGAAAUUCAACCUGACGAAGCGCCUACCGAUGCCGCCUCAGGUCUCGACCCGUCUAAGGUUAUUGUCAUCCACCCUGGCAGUCAGAACCUCCGGAUUGGCUUCGCUAGCGACGCACUUCCCAAAUCGAUUCCGAUGACACUUGCGUCGAGAUUCCCGCAGACUGAGGCUGAGAUGCACGAAGCCCUUCCCCGUCGGCAGUUCGAAGCGAAGACUCAAGACCAGCAAUACGGCGAGGAGUGGUCGAAAAAGUACAACAAGAUGUGCAGCGAUCUCAAAUUGGAGAUGCGCGCAAACAAGCGCAAGGUACUGCCCAAUUCCAAAGAAUUGGUGCUGAAUUACAACCGCCGGACCGAGCCCGAGAUCAUCCAAACGCACAAUGACCCCUUGCAAAUCGAUUGGACCGACGUCAACAGCCUAGACGAUCCCAAAUCAUCCGCCUCCUGCUUCAUCGGGCACCAAGCACAACGAGUACCUGAUGAUUCUCAGCCAAAGUUUAAGCUUUGGUGGCCAAUCCAGCAUGGAGUAUUCAACGAGGACGAUUACCUGAAUGCCGAACACCUUUUUGACGAUUUCGAGACCCUGCUCGAUAAAGCGAUCAGACAGGAGCUGGGUCUUACCAAGAACAGUACGUGGAGACAGUACAGCUGUGUCUUCGUCAUCCCCGAUCUUUACGACAAAAAGUACGUCGAACAGGUCCUCAGAUCCUGCAUGACAUGGUUCGAGUUCAACCGGAUAUGCUUCAUUCAAGAGAGCAUGGCUGCUACGUUUGGUGCAGGAUACACUCAGGCCUGUGUCGUUGAUGUUGGUGCCCAGAAGACCUCCAUCACUUGCGUUGAGGAUGGCCUUUGCGUCGAAGACUCUCGGAUCAAUCUGAAAUACGGUGGUUACGACGUGACGGAGACCUUUAUCAAGAUGCUGCUUUACGACAACUUCCCCUACCAAGAAAUCAACCUCCGUAAGCGCCACGACUUUUUGCUAGCAGAGGAGCUCAAGAUGAAGCAUUGUACGAUGUCCCAAGCAGACAUUUCUGUCCAGUUGUAUCAGUUCCAUCUGCGAGCCCCGAAUCAACCGACGCACAAGUACCAAUUCAAGACCUACGACGAGGUCAUUCUCGCCCCUAUGGGCUUCUACGACCCGACGAUCUUCGACAACAGUACCAAGCUUCAAGGUCGCAGGAAGUUGAUUGAACGGUCUUACAACGCCUAUGACGUGGAUAUCCCUGAUGACCCGACAUCGGCAGCCCAGUUUGGCAUUCUGGCUCUCGUCAAGCCUUCAUUGAAUGCUGCUCCUGCGAACGGCUUCACACAGUCGCAGAACGAUGUGUCGACGCCAGUCAAGGAAAAGCUGCAGCCAUUUGACUUUCUCAAACGGGGCGAGAACGGUAUCAAUGGCACUCCGUUAGGAUCCAAUGCUCCGUCGCCGGCGCCUGAGGGUGUUAGCACGCCGGUGCCUGCGCCCUUUGUUUUUGGCGGAAGCAAAGAUGGCGCCAACGGAGGCAGCCCGGCUCCUCCCGCAAGAAAUGGCGGCACGCCGGCACCGAACGGUGCGACGGCGGCACAGCCGCCUGCUGGCAUGUUUGUUGAUGCCUCUGCACGCAGUGCCAAAGCAAUCGCGAUCGAACGCGACGGUGUUCUGCCCACCGCACCAUUGGAUCUUGCUAUUCUUACUAGCAUUUACAACGCCGCCAAGGGGGACGACAAGAAGUUACGUGAUUACCUGGGCAGCAUCAUGGUGGUCGGUGGCGGAUCAAAGACUCCACAGUUCACUGUCGUACUGGAAGAGAAGCUCAAGGCUAGGCGGCCUGACCUGUUUGACCGCAUUCUCGUCAGCCGAAGCGCGAGGGACAUGGACGAGCAGGUCGUGACAUGGAAGGGGGCUAGUGUCUUUGCCAAACUGCCGGCCAAUGAUUCGUGGAUCACACCAUUCGAGUUCGAGCGACUUGGCGCUCGGGUGCUGCACCACAAGGUGCUCUGGUCGUGGUAG